GACCCGAUCCAGCCUGAUGACCCGGUGUUCCCUGGUGCCUCGGUGCCCGCUGUCGUGCCAGAUGACUCGGUGCCCGCUGUCGAGCUUGGUGACUUGGUGCCCGCUGUCGUGCCAGAUGACUCGGUGCCCGCUGUCGUGCCAGAUGACUCGGUGCCCGCUGUCGUGCCAGAUGACUCGGUGCCCGCUGUCGAGCUUGGUGACUCGGUGCCCGCUAUUCUGCCAGAUGACUCGGUGCCUGCUGUCAUGCCAGAUGACUCGGUGCCCGCUGUCGAGCUUGGUGACUCGGUGCCCGCUGUCGUGCCAGAUGACUCAGUGCCCGCUGUUGUGACAGGUGACUCGGUGCCCGCUGUCGAGCCAGAUGACUCGGUGCCCGCUGUCCUGCCUGAUGGCCCGGUGCCCGCUGCCUCGCCUGAUGGCCCAGUGCCCGCUGCCUCGCCUGAUGGCCCAGUGCCCGCUGCUCCGCCUGAUGUGCCUCUGCCUGCUGCCGAGCCUGAUGUGCCUCUGCCUGCUGCUGACCCUGAUAUGCCUCUGCUUGCUGCCCAGCCUGAUGUGCGUGCUGCCCAGCCUGAUGUGCCUCCGUCCGCUGCCCAGCCUGAUGUGCCAGCCCCUGAUAUCCAGCCAGUUACC